AUGGACCCGUCAAUGGGACCGCCAUCGCGCAGCGCAACCAUGCCAUUCCGAGAACCACCAGCUGGGCCGGCAUAUGGAGAUUAUGACUACCCAGCCUCCAUGGGUGGUGACAUGCCUCCACGUCCCAACACUGCCGGUAGCAUGCGACCUCCUCGGGCUCGCCCUGCGCCUGGAAAUGGCCCCGCAGCCGGGUUGAUGCUUCCCCCUCCCGAUCCACCGAACCGAGUCUCGUAUGCACCCAGAGAAUUUCUGGAUAGUUACUACGAUAGUAACAAUGAUGAUGAGCCUGACAUGCCCGACAUGCCCAACUUUGAUGCCAUUCCCCAUAGCCUUGGCCCGGUUGAUGAGAUGGGAUUGGAAGCACCGAAGCCGAAACAACAAACACCAGUUUCCCCAAUCUCUCCUAGUAACGGUCAAUAUGCAGCCUUUUCGCCGGGUGGCGGGCCAGUAACCCCACAGUCUCAAUCUCACCCCAACCUUCGACAAGGCAGCGCGCCCAACCAGUUUGAAAAUGCUGGCUUCAAUUUUGGGAUUGGCGGUGACACCUCACCCGCUGCUUCUGGAUAUGGGAAUUCCCCUGGAAGUUACGAUCAAUCUGGCGGUUACUUCCCUCAUGAAGCCGGAGCGUACGGUCCAGGUCCAAGUCCCUCGGGUCCUGUUCCCUCGGGCCCUCCAGCUCCUCCUCCUGGCCAGCGGGGCUCUCCUUACGAACAAUAUCAUCAGUCACCAGAUACUCAGCAAAGUCCCGACCAUCAGAUGCCUUCUCAACCGGCGCCAUUCCGACCAGGCCUCGAACAAACCGCAAAACCCGCGCCCGUCCGUAAUUACAACAACACUCCCGCCGCGCCUGCGCAAGCGCCAGCUGCCGCUCCCCAACCAGCUACCCCAGAGGGACAAACACCCAUCACACACAAUGAACUUGAGAAACUGCAACAAAAAGCGCGUGGUAACCCUUCAGACCAGGCGCUUCAGCUUCUUCUAGCCAAGAAGACGGUAGAGGCUGCUACCGUCCUUGUGGAAGAAAACACUCGCCUUGAUCCCAAGACAAAAGCAAAGUUAAAGGAGAAGUAUAUUCUCGAUGCGCACAAGAUAAUAAAGAAGCUAUCCCAGGGCGGAUAUGCCGAUGCCCAAUUCUACUACGCCGAUUGCUACGGAGAAGGUUUACUCGGAUUGGAAGCCGACCCGAAGGAGGCUUUCAAUCUAUAUCACUCGGCCGCAAAGAAUGGCCAUGCCCAAUCAGCAUACAGAGUGGCUGUCUGCUGCGAGAUUGGUUCUGAAGAAGGCGGUGGAACAAAGCGAGAUCCGUUCAAGGCUGUCCAGUGGUACAAGCGCGCAGCAUCAUUAGGCGAUACCCCGGCAAUGUAUAAGAUGGGCAUGAUUCAUCUAAAGGGUCUACUUGGUCAAGCCCGCAGUCCCCGCGAGGGUGUCUCGUGGCUCAAGCGCGCGGCCGAGCGCGCAGACGAGGAAAACCCACAUGCCCUGCACGAGCUGGCCCUCCUGUAUCAGAAUGCUGCUGCCAAUGACUCGAUCGUUCGCGACGAGGCAUACGCCAGUCAACUGUUCCACCAGGCCGCCGAGCUGGGCUAUAAAUUCUCUCAGUUCCGUCUCGGCACUGCUUAUGAGUAUGGCUUGAUGGGAUGUGCUCCCGACAACCGCAUGAGUAUUAUCUGGUACACCCGGGCUGCUGCUCAGGGCGAGCACCAAAGUGAACUUGCCCUUAGUGGCUGGUAUCUCACUGGAUCGGAUGGGGUUCUACAGCAAAGUGAUACCGAAGCAUACCUCUGGGCUCGGAAGGCAGCCGUAGCUGGUCUUGCCAAGGCCGAGUAUGCCAUGGGUUACUUUACUGAGGUUGGAAUCGGUGCCGCUGCUAAUCUGGAUGAUGCGAAGCGAUGGUACUGGCGUGCAGCUGCUCAAGGAUUCCCCAAAGCCAGGGAACGCCUCGAAGACCUCAAGAAGGGUGGAGGUAGAAUGGAAAAGACUCGUCUCAAUCGCGCAGCUGUGAACAAGCAAAGUGACGGAGACUGUGUCUUGAUGUAG